AUUCUAUUAGACUACCUUUAUCUCAGCUCAGGUUCCCCUCAAACUGAAAAUUAACUACGGCCUCGCCAAGGGGAACCAAAGCCGAGGAAGGGACUGGCUGCAGGUGCCCUCACAACACCCACGCGCCGACACCUGAGCCGCGGCCCGAAAACAAGGUGGAGAGAAGAAAGGCCCCACCGCAUUGGCCAGUCACGUCACGCGGCCGCCCACACCAGCCAGCAGAGAGUCUCCUCUCAGGCGUUCCGCGGAGAGCUCGGUACCGCUCCUCCAGCCCCCGGCAGCACCAGUCCGCGCACCUCCAACCCGUAACGCCGCGGAAGCGUUUUUAACUCCUCCUUUUAUGACCCAUCGCAGCCGCCGCAGCUCUCGGUUCCGCCCGGGAAGUGACGAUGGUGGAGCCGCGGGAUUCAAACUCCCGGAAGCGGGGCUGUGCUGGGGCUGGCCGGAGCAACUGCAGCCGCAGCAGCUGCCGACCGCCGUCGGGGAGACUCCGCGACCUCGCCGAGACUCGGAGUGCUCACAGGUGCUUAAAGAUGAAUUCUAAGACCGCCAAGGAUAAAAUUAUUGGCAAAUGGGGCUUAAAGUCAGGUAGCUCCAGAGCGGAGAGUGAUCUCGAGAAGUGCAAACAGGAGAAUUCUGCCCUGAGAAAAUCCCCGGAGGAAGUCAAAAGGAAAAGCAAAAUGACCGAUGCGGAGAAGAGGCUCGUGGAGGAAGCUGUAACAAACAGCACUGGAUUAUCAACUAAUCUUUAUGAAGUUGAAAAACAACUGAAAGACGCUCUUGAAAAAAACCAACAGUGGCUACUUUAUGAUCAGCAACGUGAAGCAUAUGUCAGGGGACUACUUGGAAGGAUCUUUGAACUUGAACAGAAGUCAAAAGUAGUUAGCCAACAAGAACCUAAAGAAUUCAAUUCAGAAGGUCAACUACAAGAGGAAAAGCAAAAACGUUAUGACCAGCUGUUACUAACUGCUAAGAGAGAUCUUGAGGCUGAAAGACGUACCGUAAUCCAGCUGAGAUCUGAACUUAAUGAAUUUAAAAAGAAGUAUGAAGAAACACAAGGAGAAGUCCAGAGUUUAAAUGCCUUAUUGCAGUCACAGCAGGUUGCUGAAAUGAAGACUCUAGAAAAUGAAAAUAGAAUGAAAGAAGAGAAAGUGCGGAGAUUAAAACAAGAAAAUGAAACUAUUAAAGGAGAGCUCAGAGAAGAGAAGAAAAAGUCUGAGGAUCUUACCUGUCAGGUGCAACUGCUUAAAAAACUAUUGCUUAACCAGAAGGAAGAACACGCUAAGAUAGCUUUGUUGCAACAACAGAUACAAGUAUGCACCAAAUACUUGGAGAAUGAAAAGCCUGAUCUCCACAACUUGCAGCAUCAGUUAAAUGAAAUCCAUAAGGAAAUGCACAAGACCAGGCAGCAAAUAACCCAUCUAGAACCUCUGAAACUCCGGAAAUCUGGACAUAUGGAACCACAAGAUUUGCAAGUUGCAUUUGAAGAGCAGCUCACCAUAUAUGACACAAGUCCUUCCCAGAAACAUUCAAGCCUCCUUGAUGAAAGUUUUCUUGAGUGUCCCAGAUGUCAAGUGCAGUAUCCAGCAAGCCAGCAUAGAGAAUUACUAGCGCAUAUUGACUUUUGUACAGCAUGAACUCCAAAUGGACGUAAUAUAUUUGCUUUAUACACGCUGCCAAUAUGCUCUUCUACAAAGGCAAAAGAUCUUUUUAAAAGAUUUUUUUU